GCAGGAUUAUGCUGCCAGAUGAUGCCAACAUUAUGGGGAACGUUCACGGCGGCAUCAUCCUCAAGAUGAUCGAGGAAGCUGGAGGCAUCGUAGGGACCCGACACUGCAACACGCAGAGCGGAGACCGGUGUCUGGCAGCUCUGGUUCGGGUGGAGAAGACAGAGUUUUUGUCCCCCGUGUUCAUCGGUGAGGUCGUUCACGUGUCUGCUGAUAUCACCUAUGCCUCCAAGCACUCCCUGGAGGUUCAGGUCAAAGUCAUGGCUGAAAACAUCCUCACAGGUUCCAAAAAACUGGCCAACAAGGCAGCACUGUGGUACGUCCCCUGCUCUCUGCAGAACGUCGAAAAGAUCAUGGAGGUGCCUCCCAUCAAGUACGUUAGUGCAGAGCAAGAGGAGGAAGGCAGGAAGCGCUACGAAGCCCAGAAAACCGAGCGACAGGAGACCAAGGCCAGGAUCGAGGAGGUGAUGCCUCCUCCACCAAAUGCAGAACGCCACACGGUUGGCUUCAGCCAGUCCAGCCUGAUCCAUUUGGUGGGCCCUUCAGACUGCACACUACACGAUUAUGUUCAUGGAGGUACGACCAUGAAGCUGAUGGAUGAGGUCGCGGGUAUCGUGGCCGCCCGGCACUGCAACACCAACAUCGUCACCGCGUCCGUGGACGCCAUUAACUUCCAUCGAAAGAUCAAGAAAGGCUGCGUGGUGACAGUGACGGGGCGGCUCACCUUUGUCAGCAACAGGUCGAUGGAAAUUGAAGUGUUGGUGGAUGCGGCUUCGCUGGUGGAGAAGGAGAAAGGGAAAUACCGCGCCGUGUCUGCGUUCUUCACUUUCAUCUCCCUGGACAAAGACAAUAAGCCUCUGCCUGUCCCUCCUCUGAAGAUCGAAGGAGAGGAGGAGCAGAGACGCUCCGAUGAGGGCAAAGCACGCUACCUCCAGAGUAAAGCCAAGCGGGAGGCAGAGAAGGGGCGCCAGCAGUGACACGUCAGCUCCACAGAAAUAUCACCUGCAACAAUAUUACAUCCAUUCCUCUCAGUAUAGACAUAGAUAUGUAUAUAUAACGACAUAUCUAUAUAUACACAGUAUGAAGGAACUAAGAACCUUCUCUCCUGCACUGUGAUUGUAGCCUCUUGUUGAACCUGAACGGGUGAUUAAUUUUUCCUGCCUCACACUAAAGUGUCAAAUUGUAGCUGUGCAAACUAUAUAUAUAUAUAUAUAUAUAUAUACAUACACAGUAUAUAUAUGCUAUAUAUUGUAAAAUCAAGAUAACAUAUUUUGAUUUAGGGAGAAUUUAAAUUAAUUUGUGUGCAAAAAGUCUUGGUCUGACUGUCUAUAGAGGGAAGAGAGUUAUUUUGUCUGCCAGACCUCUUAAAGUAUGAAGACUUCAUGUUAAUAUCUGUGCAAAGUGAUGAAUAAGUGGGUUGAAUAAAACUGCAUAAAAGAUCCAA